AUGGUCAAAGGAGACCCGCCCACCAAGGCUGCAAUUCGGGACGAGAGGACCUUUUCCGAGCUAGAGACUCGGCCGACCUGGCCCUCUCUCAAGCACAGUCUUGAUCUGAGAACGCCAAAUUCGCCUGGAAAGAUUGCGUCCACAUCGAAGAAAGCUGCGAGGCCAAACGGCAAGCAUGUCCGUAUGGCCUUCAAGCGGAGCGCCGGCCUCGAUGUGGCUGAACCACCCGCGGCUCUUUCUCAGAAAGCAGUUUUCACACUGUCCAAGAGUACCCGGUGCCGCGACUCGCCGUUUCGCUCACUUGUGGUAUUUGACGCUGGCGGUUGA